CAGCUCUUCUUUGGCACUCCACACUUCGGCUCCGACAAGAGCCAGUGGCUCUCCAUCGCCGAGGCGCUGGGACAGGUGUCGGCCAAAGCCAAGGGCAGGCCGUCGACUCUCGUCGAGGCCAUGACGCAGAACGCCCGGGGCCUUACCGACAUCAGCGAGGACUUUGUGCAGAUCGCGCCAAAGUACACCAUCAAGACGGGGUACGAGACGAAGCCGCUGGAAAGCACAGGCCAGCUGGUUGUGCCCGUGAUGAGCACGCGCAUGUUUGGCCACCAACAGGACGAGGUGGGCCUCGACGCGGACCAUCUCUCCAUGUGUCAAUUCAGUGAUGAAGGCGAUACGGAGUUCGAGAUGGUUUGGAAGUUAAUCCGGCAGGCCACCGAGCCUGAGGUGAGGCGUCCCGUCCCCGCGACAGUCUCGCGCUGGGAUCCCGAGGCCGAGGUUCCAGGGCAGCAGGGUCAAGAGAACCAGAUUUUGAGGAUUGGCGACAUCCUGGGCCGGCCUAUCUAUACCAACGCGCCUACUCACCAGCAGCCCGCGGACCUUGUCGCAACCACCCGGAAUGACACAAAGGGGUUGCUCCCCAUUAUGUCGAGCCACGAACAGCCUCUUCUCCCGCCCCCUGAAUGCUACGGUCUCGCUACCGAAGCCGAAGCGGUGGAAGUGCCGUUGGCUGUCCCUGCUGCCCACGCCUCACAGUCACUGCAUAAGGACAUGCCAGCUCGUGUGGUUACUGUUGACCGCGAAUCGGAGAGCGCGACCAAGAAGCCGCGUUGGCUCUCUCGGAUGGUGGGAGGGAUGCGGAACAGGGGAGUACAGUGGCGUUGA